AUGAUUAAAAUUACACAACGCUUUCAAACUAAUAAUUAUUUUUUUCUCCAAUUGAUUUCCGUGUUUUUCAAAGUACUCACACUUGCUCCCUUCACGAUAACUAUUCGCCGAACAUCGAGUUCUUACGAAAACAAUCGAAUAAUUGUUAACACUUCAUAUUCAUUACCAGGAUCAGUGUAUAAUAUUUUUUUCUCAUUAAUCUCUAUAGUGACUUUAGUUUAUUUUCAAUUUGAUAAUUGCACCCGCAACGAAAAUUUAAAAAUAAUAGAUAAUCCUGAUCUCAAGAAGUUGUAUAAAAUAUUGAUUGAAAUGAGUGUUCCUUGUAUUUCAAUAAUUAUAGGGAUUUUUUUCUGUUUAAAGCAAAAAAAUUUUGUAGUGAUAAUUAAUAAAAUUAUUUCUGUCAGCAAUGAAUUGAAGCAAAACCUCAUUUGUCGCAGUCAUUUGCACGAUAAUACGUAUCAAAUAUCCAUAGUUUUAUUGCAAAUUAUUAUAGUCAUUGUGCUUCACAUAAGAGCGGCCACAAACGACAAUGAUAUAAGUUUAAAUUAUUUUGUCGCUUCAGGUUUUAUUCUGGAAGGUCUUAUGAUUCAAUACGCCCUUAUUGUUAAUUUUUUGAGAAAAUUAAUUUAUAGUUUAAAUGAAUCUUUAUCAUUAAUAGCAGAUAAAGUUAACAGAUUAUCAAAUGAGUUUCUACAUUCCAACGAUGAUUUAUAUCAUGAUUACAUGAAAAAUUUAAUUUUCGUUAAAAAAAUGCAUCGAUCUAUCUUUGAAAUAAUUCAAAUGUUGUCAGAUUUCUAUUCAUUUCCUAUUUUAUUAGCAAUUAUUUUUUCAUGUUUAUGGAUGAUCAUGAGUGCGUAUAUAGUAAUUUUCUACUAUGAAACAAAAUCUAAUUCGCAUUCUUAUGACUUGCAUAGAUUAUUUAUUGUAUUUGUUGAUUCGCUGUGGCCUUUGAAAGAUUUUGUUCCUAUACUUAUAUUGACCAGUUACAUAACAAAAACUAUCACUGAAAUGAAAAGAACAGAAAAUGUUGCCCAGAGGGUUAAACUCACACUUUUCAGAUACCCUCGAAUCAAAUCUCAGAUUGAACAAUUUUCCAUGGAACUGUCUCACCGACAGUACACGUGCUUCACUGCUUGUAAUUUUUUUUCAAUUGACAGCACACUCUUGAUACCUAUACUGAGCACAACAGCAACUUAUUUGAUAAUAUUAUUAAAAACCUCUUUUUCGGAUGAAUGA